AUGGCUGUGAGCUUGCCCUACAAGAUGGAUAAGAAGACGGGGUAUAUCGAUUAUGAUAGACUGGAGGUGAGGGCCAUGAAUUUCAGGCCCAAGAUGAUCAUUUGUGGAGCACGUGCUUAUCUAAGGAAUUGGGACUACAAAAGAUUCAGGGAUAUUGCUGACAAGUAUAGAGCUCUAUUGCUUUGUGACAUGGCUCAUAUCAGUGGCCUUGUUGCUGCUCAGGAAACAACAAAUCCUUGUGGGUACUGUGACUGGGUCACAACUACAACACACAAGAGUCUAAGAGGUCCUAGAGCCGACAUGAUCUUCUACAGAGAGGGUCCCAAGCCGGCCAAAAAGGGCUAA